AGAUUCCCAUGAGGCUUACUGGUAUAUUGAAAUAUGAUACCACAUGAUGAGGUGGAAUUGUGAACAAGAGAAUUCUGCCAAGUGUAUCAAUUCCAAACUAAUGUAUUACAAAUGUGAAACAAUCAUGGAUACAUAAAUGAAAGUAAAAUGAAAUGUGAACCACUAAUGUGAAUGUUCAUUAGGUUGAAAUUGGAGAGGAUGUGGCCAAUAAAGUAUGUGAGUUGCCAUUCAUGAAACAUUUACAGGCAUUACUGUAAAAACUUUGUCAUUUCACUAAAAAUGGCUGGUAUGUCUGGUGUAGGAGUAUUCUGGGCAGUUUUGUCCAUUGUGAGUGCUUUAUUUUCAAGUGUUGGAUUUUUCAUGCCACAUUGGAUUAGAGGUCAUUUGACCUUGAACUUUCCUGAAAAAUCAACGCAGACAUUUCCAGUGCAUUUUGGCAUUUUUCGUCGAUGCAAUUAUCCUGCUAUGGGAAGUGAUGGUAAACUAACGAUGAUUAUGGAAUGUGGAUGAUAUACGACGUUCGCUGAUAUUCCAAGCGUCUCCUGGCAGAUAGCAACCCUGAUUAUUGGACUUGGUUGCGGUUUGUGUUUUCUUGUGGCCUUGACCUCAGUGUUUGGAAUCUGUGUCAAGGGCAUUGUCAUAGCAACUGUGGCAAGGUCUGCUGGUAUUCUACAAAUGUGCUCAGGUUUGUUGAUGGCAGCUGGCGUGGGCAUUUAUCCCAAUGGCUGGGACGCACCUGAGGUCCAGCAGGCAUGUGGGUUCACAUCGAAAUCUUACAGUUUAGGAGACUGUUCGUUGUCCUGGUGCUUCUACGUUACGUCAGCUGGGAUACUGGUGACACUGAUGUGUGCCGCAUUAGCAUUUCAUGCGCCGAAACAGAAACAGUUCAUGGCUGGAUACUCACUGUGAGACAACCUGAUGAGAGUCAGCAGCAGUUACCUCCCCUAGAUGGUACAACGAGAGAGAAAUGGUUACACAUUUUGUUCUUUUGUCGAGGUUUUAAUACUAUUGGAAUGCGCCCAGAAAGCAGAGAUGAUUUGUACCAAGGAGCUUUAAUAAAAUUAUUAUUUCCCAAUAUAAUAUUUCUUGUUUAUAUAAAUAUCAGUCUUGGUCAUGAUUUUCAACUACUACAGUUGCUUGAAGAUCUGACAGGCCAUUUUAAGUAUAAGUGAAUCACAGAGCAUUCAGGAAGAUCAUGUCAUCAGUACAGUUCCAUGGUUUGAAUAAUACAAACAUUAAGCAACUACAUGUAACAAUGCACUAAUCUUUAAUGUAAUUUUGUUUGUAAAUACAGUUCAAUUGCUUUUUGUCAUACUUUACACAAAGUCACUCUAUGACCUUUUAGUAUAAAACCAUUAGUUUACCAUUAUUUAUAGCAUAAUGACUUACUGAUUGCUAAUCAUAGAUAUGAUACACAUACAAUUAAAUGAAGGUUGUUUUUUUUAUAUAUAUUUCUCUGGUAAUUUUAUGUUUAUUUUUCUAAAUAACAUGUUUAUAAAUGAUGUUGCUGUAUCUUAUUGAUAACUCGUUGAUGGUUUCUUUUAUGCAAACACACUUUUUCUUUAAAUAUUGUUUAAAAUUUAAAAAAAUAUAUUUAAUCAUUUGGCAUGGUGGAGAUCUUUCAAAAUGUCAGUUAACAUAUCUCUUGACAUGGCUACUUAAAAUGAGUGAAUUUAUAUACAUACUUAUAUAUCAUAUGUUAGGUAUGUUUUAUUGUGUGCCUGUAGUAAAUAUGCUGCAGUGAGUUGGUCUGAAUCUGUAUGGAUUUUUGUGUUGAUCUGAAUUAUUGUUGUGAUCUGGAUUGAUGACUAUCAUGUCUUUUGUGGGAAUUCAGAUUUCUUUUUUGGGUGAACUUGUAUUAUUUGUAAUCAGAACUCUGUAGCUUUAAAAAGAAAAGUUUUUCAUUGGAAGGUUUAUCAUUGUUUAUUGCAACUACUCUUAUAGAAAUGGUUUCAAAGAAUUGACUUCAUUGAUGCUAAACAAGCAAUAUUGAGCCAUGUAUUGCAUUUGAAGCAUCCUUGGUUGUCAUAGUAGCAGCAAUUAUUGCUUAGUGCAAAUAGAAAUGUUCACAUUUACUUGCAUGAUUUGUUUAAUCUGGUGUAACAUAUUGGAUGUUGAGGCUGUAAAGUUGUGUAUCGAGAUGCAAACAUUUGUUAUAUUACUCUGAACUAUUUAUUUUUAUUUAUAUUAAAGAAAUUUGUGUGAACAUCCAAAAAAAAUGGGGUUCCCUGCUUAAUGGUUGUUUAUGGUAUAAUCAAUGUAAAUACAUGUACAUAUUACAUAAUGUUAAUGUAAUAUAAUGCACAGCGCACAUGUAUUGUAUAUUUAAAUUGUAUGUUUUGGGGGGAUUCAUCUGAUUGCAUAAAGUCAAGUCGAGAUUUAAUUAAGAAAACAUUAUUAUUUUUUUGUAAAAUCAAGCCUAACUUUAAAAGUAAAAUAUAUCGUUUGAAGAACACGCUAAGAAAAUGUAUUGGUAUUGUUUAAUUGGCUGUGUUGCUUUUAUAUUUUGAGCAUGCCGAAACAAAUUUCUGUUAAUAUUAAUUUCCUAUGUAUACUAUGCUUUAGCUUGUCAACGGACUUCAUAUUUAAAUUUUUAUCAAUCACCAAAAACAUAUUAAAUUUUAAACAAUGGCACUGAUAAACAAUAUCACAUAAAUGAUUUAGAAUAUUCUAAAUUGCCUAAGGUAUUGCUAAAUUGCAUUAUUUUUCUUACACUUUUCUGUAUAUGUUUUUUUACAAAAAGCAGAUGUUUCAUUGUAUAAUGCAUAUUGCAUAGUACAAACGGUUAAUAUUUUGUAUCCUGCCCGUUAUUUUGAUGCUUUUGUAUAUCCUUGUUUGACGUUUUUGUAUGUCCUUGUAUUUUGUUUUUAUAUGCCUUUGUUUGAUGUUUUAUAUAUGCUUGUUUGAUGUUUUUAUAUGUGCUUGUUUGAUGUUUUAUAUGUCAUUGUUGGGUGUUUUCGUAUGUCUUUGAUUUUUAGGUCUUUGAUCUGCCUAUAUGUUUUUAUAUAUUAUUUACUAUGUAUUUAUUCUUUAUAAGAAGUUGUUAGCUCACCUGAUCACAAAGUGUUAAUGGUGAGCUAUCAUGGUCAUCCUAUGCCCGGGGUCUGUUGUGUGUGGUGUGUUACGACGCAAUCUUGGUUAUACAUGGUCGUAAUUUAUAUCUUAACACUAUCUAGGCUGAGUAAGAUUUUGUGUAACGAGUGUCUUUAAAUGGGUCACUUGGUCAAAUCUUAUAAAAACCCUGUUAUCACUCUAGAGGCCACAUUUUUGACUCAGUCUUUAUUAAACUAUUAUUUAUCUAAAAAUAAUUAAAUAGACUAAUUAAAUAUUUCAUAUUCAAAUCUGGCUCACAUGGGAUUACAAACAGUAACAGGCUAGGUCUUUGAAAAUUAGUGUUCCUUCACUCGCGUUGAGCGCUUUAUUGCCAUAAUGAUAAGUAAAACAACUUACUUUUACCUUUGCAUGUGCAAUAUAUUUGUAACUGCUGUAUGAACCGACAUUCAGUAAUAAAUGCU